AUGAAGUGCGCGGGGGCCGCGGGCGGCGGCGACGAGCUGCUCCUCGGCGCAUGCUGGCUCGAUCCCAAGCUGGACGCCUCCUCUCCGCCCUCCACCUGCCACGAGCUACUCGACUCGCUUCUCGCCCCGACGCCGCUCGCUGAACUCAAGCCCCUUCCCCCUUUCACCGGCUACACCGGCCACUUAUCUAUCAACGGCAUCUCGGGCCACCAUUACCACGCGAUAGCGCAACGUCUUCCAGAAGAAAAUAAUAAUUACCCUACCCAAAGCGGUUAUGGUGCAGAUCACGACGUUGUUUCAUCUUCAACGUGCGCCGCUGACAACGAACCACCGGACCUUGAGGAUGUAAAGCCUUUCCUAGAAUCGCCGGAUACUAAACCGUUCGCAGAAACGGCCGGAUCAGGGGCAGCGGACUCUUGUGCUGCAUCUUGCUCUCCCCCGGCAAAGUUGUUCGAGGACAGUCAUAAACAGGACAACAUGUACGAUAUAAGUUCAAUAGAAGAUAUAGCUGCCAUUAUUGGCUCGGCUAUUGCAGAUACCACGGUUCCAUCGCAACCUGAGGACCCUGAGCGUAACGACUCACGAGACAGUUGGAUGGACAUCGACGCCUGGAUAGCAGGCGCUUGCAGUCAACACGGAGACAAAAUAGUACCGCAAGAUCUUGAAUUCGGUCUACCGAGUCCACCUCAGCAACAUACAAGUCAUCAUUCAAGUUUAGACUUCCCUUGUAAACCGGGCCAAGAAUUUUCUAAAAGCCAAGAAUUUCUUCAAAAGAAUCUAGGCCAGGCUGGGUCGACGCUACAGUCGUUACUGACACAUGGUUACAUGCCGUUGCUUCAAAAUCGGUUGCAGAACGGCCCACCGGUUAAACAAGAAGCUCCGAGCUCGACCAGUUACGGCAUGGAUGUUAUAUCAACGUCAUCACCUCCAGGCAACGUGGUUUCCACGACAGAUGGUGUCGGUGGCAUUUUAAAUGGUCGGUAUGCAUCUCAUUAUGCACUCGGUCUUAAAUCAGACGGACUAUGCAGUCCAGAGAGACUGCUAGGGUACCCCCACGCCCAUACGACCACAAUUACACCGGUGAAUAAGAGUAAACGAAGUAGAGCGAAAGCCAAGCAAGCCAGCAAUGGUGGAAACCUGCAUAGCAGUUCCCUGGCCUUUCCAUCUGCGACAGCGGCGGAACUAAGCGGUCUCCUCGGCAAAGAGAAGCCAGUCCAUCGCUGUACAAUAUGCAAUAGAGGAUUUUUGAACAAGUCAAAUAUAAAGGUACAUCUCCGUACACACACCGGGGAGAAGCCUUUCAGGUGUGACGUAUGUGCGAAGGCUUUCCGUCAGAAAGCUCAUCUCAUAAAACACCAACAGAUCCACAAGAGGAUCGGUAGGGACUAG